AUGUCAAUCAGCAAAGCUUCCAUCACUAAACCCCCUCUGGUGAUCGGCAAAAUAGGUCCCUUAUGCUGUUUUCGACACCCCACCGCCAACCCGAAGCCGGUCAUGCCAGUUCUUGAUUCGCCGGUGAAAGUCUUCCCUCCGCCGGUUCAACCGCCUCCCCACCGCUUCGAUAAGUCCAUCGCUUCUCCAUCUUCGCUUGACUAUGGGUCUGUUCUGGGAUUCUUCAAGAACCCGGCCACUAAGAAGUUGCCAAAUGCUCAAUCAAGCUUGGAUAGCCACAUGGCCCGUUGGCUUGGGUUGGACCAGUCGAGGUAUCAGUGGGCGUUGGAAAAUUAUUACGAUAACCAAAGAUCAGGAAAGGAACGUGAGAAAAUCAAAAUGUCAAACAAGUUGCAGAGUGUCUAA